CACAGGAGUACUUUACAUUUCCACAGAUGCAGCUUCCAAACCUGAAUGUCGAGUCAGUCGGACAGCCCCGGUGUGGGAACAGUCAGACAGCCAUUGCCUGGGACAAGUCAGUCAGACAGCCCCGGUGUGGAACGAGUCAGUCGGACAGUCCCAGUGUGGGAACAGUCAGUCAGACAGCCAUGGCCCGGGACAAGUCAGUCAGACAGCCCCGGCCUGAGACCCUUUGGGUGCUGCUGUAGCUGUACAAGUUCAGUGCAGCCUUCAGGUUGCCGUGUCCGUGUGCGUGCCUUGCCAGGCGGGGAGCCGGCUCGUACAGCCCUCUGCUGAGGGGACGCCAUGAGGGAGUACCGCGGGGUGGGAUAAGGGCGAGCAAGGCCAGAUACGCCAGCCCAGGGCUCGUUGCCUUGCGAGGGUGCCGCUGGAUGCCGGGGCACUCCUGCCCCUUAUUGGGAACAUCAGGGGCCCGCUGUUUCUCUUUCAGUUUCACCGCCGGGCCGGGGCAGGCCGAGCCCAACCGCUCCCCGCCGAGUGCCCCGCCGCGGGGAAGGCGCCGGGACGGGCAGUGCUCGGGAGGCAGCCGCCCUCUGCCCGCUCACCCGGACGCCGGCGGAAGCCCCACCUCGGCGGAACGGCGGCCAUGGCAACAGGACAAGCUGCUAAAUCGGCAAGGACAGUUGUCAUCGCUGGUAUUCCAGAUGGCCUUCUGCACGAUGAUGUCAUGACUGACAUACUGAUGAUUCAUUUCCAAAUGUCGAAGAAUAAUGGGGGAGAUGUGGAAGAAGUAAUGUAUCCAACAAUGAAAAAAGGAGUUGCGUAUGUAACUUUUGAAGAUGAAGAAGUUGUAGAGAGUGUUCUAAAGAAGGAUGAACAUCGACUAGAAGACAAGAGGUUGUCCAGAUACUAUCCGCUGAAAGUAACUCGUUACUGUGAAAACGUCUUCAGCUCUGUCACAUCUGUCCUCAACAUGUCUAUUUUCAAAGAUCAAUUUGUUUUAGAAGAUCUGAUACAAGAACUUAAAAAGAAGAGCACAGCUUUGAGCUUUGGUCCUUUGCAAUCCAAUGGGCAUAUUUCUGUUCAAGGGUCAUUUCCAGCGAUCACACUGCUAAGAGACUUUCUCUUACUAAAAGCAAAAUCCCUUUCAGAGAAGGACGAAAGAGAAGAAAGUAAGUCCCAUCAGAGACCAAAGAAGAGGCUACAGCAACACGGACUUACCACGGAGAUGAAUAAUUUUGUUCGUGAUGCAGAUGGGGAAAAACAAGUGGUUGUUCUUGACACUGAUACAUAUUACUACAUGAAGUACUUUUUUCCCAGCACGUUCCUAGUAAAUGGUGAUGUUGUAAUUUCUGACAUCACUGAUGGUGAUGUAACUACAGUAUAUAUUGAGAAUGCUGGAAGUAGGUCUGAUGCUGGACAGGUAUUAAGAGUCAAAGAGAAAAUUGAGAAUCAGUCUAUAAAACUCCAUAACAUUUUACGUAAAGAAAGGAUUUACUUUGAAGAGCGCAUCAGAGAUGAAAAGUGGAGAUACGAAUGUGUGUGUAGAAGUCUAAAACCCCACUACCCUUCUGUUUUGAUCACUCAUUAUGAUACUCACAUUGAUGUUAUAGGAAAUCCUUCUGAGGUUUUUGAAUUUACAAAGGAGGUGAGCAAUAAGAUUCAGAGCCUGUUUCGAACCACGUAGAUAGUUCGUGUUCGUGCUUUUUACACGUUGUGCUUCUCAUACAGCCUGUGCUGGUGCAACCUGUGCACCUCUGUGUCGCUGGAGAUCUGUCACGUUUCUCCCAUUCACAGGCUGGGAAGUCUGCACAUGAGGGUGAACAAGCCCAUUCCCCACAAAUACCAAAUUUAAUUCAGAACAGGAAACAGAUGAUCUCGGUAUCCCUCGUGAGCUUAGAGACAGUAGAAAUUAGGCCUUUUUUGUCUGGAUACAGCUACCUUUUUCCUUUUGUUGGCUGGAUUCUGGGCAUAUGCAUGCUUAUUCUGUCUUGGUGUCAGGGGGCACAGAAUGAGAAAAGAGGAUUUUUGAAAGAGUUCUCAUUAGCAUAAGAAGUCAGACUGACAAAGCUGGGCAAGCCACCCUGAAAUGAAAUACUGUGUUGAGUUAUGUUUCUUCGUGCCAGGAGCUGACCACUCAGAACAGGAAUGGUGGCCUUUUUCUGUUGCCUUUAUUUGCAGAAGGAAAUUCUUGUCAUUGAGAUGCACAAAGAAGGUAGAGCUUUGACACUUGAGGGGAGGAAACGCUUAUUAAAUUUACAGGCCUGUCAUGUCCUGAGAAAGUCCUUAGAAGAUGGCAUUGGAAGUUCUUGACAGUAGAAAAUAAGCGAGUUUGUUUUCAUAGGAGUGAUAAUGUGUUUUUUUCCAGCUGUAACAGCAUCCGCAGCAUCCUCGACAGAAUGUAAUUUAGACAUGAAAAGAUAUACAACGUUUCGAUAUGAAAAUCGUGGGACAUUUAGACUUUUGAAUCAGAGUCUGUUUAUGCAAUCCUUGUGCCCGGUGCAGUCAUAGAGUAGUAUUUCUGAUCCAAGUCAUCUCCUGUUGUAGAUACUCUGAACAGGAGCAGUCUUUUUUUCUGUGCAAAACUGAUGAGUUGCUGUAAUUAAGAACAGAAACACCCUUAUGCCUUAUAAAUACGUCCCAGCUGUGUUUUUCAGACCCGCGCUAGAGGUUCAGACAGUGGGGUUUCUGCCACCUUUGUAAGAGCUGGACAAUCUAAUGAAGGCUUAGUCAACCUUAGUUCUAAGUUGAACGCCUUGGGACACAUUUCCCUUUUCUUAGGAACUGCACAGAUGCCCAGAGAUAGUCAGAUUUUGAUAUGUGUAUAGUUAAAAAAAAAAUCCUUAUCUAUAUUGUUUUAACUGUAAGGAGUUAUCAGAAUGAUACCUGUUUAUGUCUGUCUUGCCUUCAUCUUUCAUUCCUGGGGCUAAAUGCUUACGGUUAAAACUGAAGGCUUGUUACAGAAUUCCAUCUCCCUCAGUAAAAUUAGGGACAAAGCUAGUCCACAGGAACACAAUGAUUUAGGUGUUCUUGUUUUUUUCUAAAGGUAGACAUUUUCUGUAUCCAUUACAAAGGUCCAAAUGCCCAGUCUAAUACAUGCUUUUUAUAAGAUCAAUUUAGAAAAGAGCUUUUAUUUUGUGAUACCAGUGUGUUCACAGUGCUUUGACAAAACAUACAGGGCGUGGGCUCUCUUGCCUUAUGUGCAGGAAAAGUUUUAUGUUUUUAAGCCAUUAAAGAAACUAGUUAUACAAAA